GAGCUGUACCACAGAAGACUUUUUUUGCAUCCUGUAUAUAGAACUUUUUGUUGGUGCUCUCCAUACUCCUGCCUCCUUUCUUCCUACCUGCUUUAGGAGUUUUAUAUCUAGGAUGGCUCCAUGGAGUAGGACCAUGCGAAUACCUGCUUUCUUGUUUAUCCUGGCUCUUAUCAUUCUGACCCUUCUAGACUCAUCUGCUGCAGCAACAGAAAGGAAGCAUCCAAGCAGAACAUUUAGAUUUCAAGCUCGUAAUUCUGAUGACCGAUCACCACUCCCUCAAAGAGCAGGAAUGAGAACUGUGCGUAGAUUUCGGGCACAUCCUUCCAAUCCAGGUGAAAGUACAAGAAGAAUUAACUAUGCUCCAGUAAGACCAGUUGUUGAUAAUGAAGACAAUAAGCAGAGAGCAUCUGAGUCUGUACACAUGGUCUCCCUUCAGUCAAUGAAUCCCCAAGGAAAAAGCCAGCCGGUAUAUCGGGCAGCUGCUACAAAGCUUAAAAUUCCAGAGGAAAAUUAUCUUAUGGGGGCUAAGGAAGUAAGUGUGAGAGUGUUGUCUUCUCAAUCGGUGCUUGUUACAUGGGUGGAUCCAAUGUAUGAAAAGUCCCCAAUGGUUGACUCAAAGAGACAUUACACAAUUCGAUACCGUGAAAAGGGAGAGUCUGCACGUUGGGAUUACAAGCAAAUAAAUGCAAGACGUGCCUUGAUUGAAAAGCUAAAUCCUGAUGCCAUGUAUGAAUUUUCUGUCCGUAUUUCCCAAGGAGAGGAAGAAAGCCAAUGGAGUUCUUCAGUUUUUCAAAGGACACCAGUAUCUGCUCCAGUAACUGCACCUGAAAACCUUUACGUGGAACCCCUGAAAGGCAAACCUACAUCUGUGAGGGUAAUGUGGGAUGAGCUUACUGACAAUGCUGGAAAAAUAAAAGAAUACAUAGUGUCAUAUGCUCCUGCAAUGAAGCCAUUUGGAGGUAAAUCCAUACCAUAUUCAGGAACAACCACAUCUGCCAUAGUUGAUGAUCUGCAGCCUGGUGAACGGUACAUUUUCAAAAUACGGGCAGCCAACAGGAGAGGGCAGGGCCCUCAAUCUAAAGCCUUUACAGUCACCCUACCAGCGGGUGCUACUUCAGUGAAGAAUCUUUAUCAUCAAUCUCACAGUGAGACUCUUUCUAGAGAGGAUGAAAAUCCUGAAAAUGUAAUUUCUUCAGAAUCUUUGGAAGAAGACACUCCUAAUUCUUUCCCAAAGACCAAUUCUAGGGGGCAUGAUGUCAACACUCACUCAACAGAAGUUACUGAUGACAUGGAAACCACAACAUUAAUCCCUAAAAUUUCAACACCAAGCCCAAGAAGACUAUUUCGGCCAAAUCGGUUUAAUUCAAAUGUUGGCAGAAGACCAAUUAUACCAAAUUCAUUGAAUGUUGGACACAGAAUUAUUGGACGUAAACCUACACCACAACCUACAGUAGUAGUGGAUGACAAUGAAACUAAGGAUUUAGAAACUGUUGACUCAGAUGAUGAAGACAUAAAAAAAGAUAAACAUUCUUCUAAGACUGGUGAAGAAAUAUCUAAUAAAAGCAGAGAGAAUUUAAAUGUAGAUUUUGAAGAUACACAGAGAAAAAAUGUUGACCGUAUGCAUGAUUUAGAAAAAGUCAAAUCGACUUUGCAAAAAGCUAAUCCAGCAAGGAAAAGACCAACAUCUACAUUUCUGACACAUGAUCGCAUAAAUUCUGAUCGUUAUGAUACUAAAGACAGACACUCAGAUACAGGCUUGGUUGAUUUAAAAACUAAAGCAUUAAAUGUUCAUCGUUCAUUAAAGAUUUCCGACCACAAUACUAGAAAACAAACAAUGGGGAGAGGAGUUGUAAGAGAAGUUUCUUCAACGACUGUUUCUCCCACCUCUACAACAGCCAUUAGUACUACUACAACUACUACAACUACUACAACAACUGCUGCUACAGCUGCUACCACAACUACUACUGAAGCACAAUUGACAAGUAAACUUAAUAAACAGAAUGUAGUACUCCGUCAUAAAAAAGAAGAAUCUUCUAGUAAACAACAACACAUCCCAUCUUUUUCUGGAAAAUCUGCUUUAUCUCUACUAGACUACUACAGGAGAAGAAGUUCUCUGGUCAAAACUAAUCUUGGAACUAAAAUAGUAUCUAAUGGAGAGUUACAAUUUCAGCCAGUAACAACUACUCAAACUACUGCAUUAACUACAGCUAUGACAACCACAUUAGCUCCGAAGGCUAUAGAAAAAGAUAAUCAAGGAAAUUUACUAGAUCUCUUUGCUAGGAAAGAAGAUUCCUAUAAACUAUCAUCUGAUGCAAAUUCUGAACAAGAACUAGACAGACAAAAGGCAGAAGAAAGGCAUUCUGCAAUUGCUUCGGCUACUAAAAUUUCCAAGAAAGAUGACAAGAAAAUAUCUGCAACCCCCAAGCAAAAGACAGGAACACAUAAGCCAGUCAAAAAGAACUAUGCUGGUAUAGAAUCUAAACCUCUGCCAGAAGUAAUAACAUCUAAAGAAGGACAAAUUCCCUCUGUUGCCUCACAUUCAUAUAGUGAAAAAACAAGUAAUUCUUAUAAAGAACACGAAGACCAUUCAGAGGAAAAAAAAAGGACACCCAAUAUAUACAAAAAGCAAAGUUCCAGUUUAGCUCUUUACUCAAAACCAACAACUGAAUCUAGCUUGGGUUCUGCAGUUUUACACAGCAACAGAAAUGUUGAGAAAACUUUUGAAAAACUUGGUCAGGAUUCUUCAUCAUUAUCUCGUGGCUCUUUGGUGCAAUCACAUAAUACUUUUGAUAUAGAAGAAGACAAUGAUAGCCAACAUCAGGAAAGAAUUUCUACAUUGGACAAAGAGUCUCUCUCUCUUUCAAAGUCACGACCAAAUUAUAGGACUCCAGGCAGUAUCAUGCAGGAAAAUGAAAGAAAAUUGAGUAAGGUUUCAUCUUCCAAAACAGAUGUACCAGUUCAGCAUGUUCCUGAAUAUUCAACAAAAUCUGAUUUUUCAACUUUAGACACAAAAGAUGUUCUCUCAAAACAGCCCUCUUCUGAAAAAAUUGAAAAUCCCACAUUACCUGCAAAAACAAGAUUGUCUUCAUACUCUAAUGUUCGUUAUGGUAAAAGCAGACAGAGAAAUGGUAAUAGUAAUAACAACAAACAGUCUCUGGAAACAUCUUUUACAAAGUUGGAAGAUGAACGGACAUUAGGUGCCCCCCCUACCCUAAAGGAAAAUAGUCAUAAUUCCCCCGCAGUUUCUUCCUCUUAUAUGAAUUCUAAAAGAUUUGGUUUAAGGAGAGCAACUACAACUAUCUCUCCAACAAGUCGAACUCAAAGCACCACCAGAGCCUCACCUUAUCGUUUACUUCCAUCAGUGGCUCGACAACUGCAUUAUGGCAGAUCACCAGUACAUACAACUACAACUCCACCAACUACAACGCCUGCACGUACUGCUUCUCCAACCUAUCAUCUUUCAUUGCUACGCCAAAGAAUGCUUAAUUCAAGAUUAGGAUCCCCAUUACGAAGACAACUUACAAGGCCUUCUCAAAGACAAGGUAAUAAUGGAACACCAAAUCUGUCUUCAAGGCUUAAUACUAAUGGGAACACACCAUCUUCAAAUAGUGGGAGCUUUAGUGGACAGAGGAUGAUUUAUGGUCCAGAAGGAACAAAGUGGGUUGUAGAUUUAAACCGAGGAGUGAUUCUGAACACUGAAGGACGAUAUCUUCAGGACUCCCAAGGAAAGCCCCUUCGCAUAAAGUUGGGAGGAGAUGGACGAACUAUUAUUGAUUUAAAUGGUACCCCUGUUGUCAGCCCUGAUGGAUUACCACUAUUUGGGCAUGGAAGAUUCAGUAAGCCAGUGGCAAGUGCUCAAGACAGACCAGUUCUGAGCCUUGGAGGGAGACCUCUUAGGGGUCUUGAAGUGGCAAGAACAACCAGACCUACCACCACAAGGAUGACAACGACUCCAAGAACAACAACUACAACAACCCUUCCUCCAACUACUACUACUACUACUACUACUACUACUACUACACCUGAACCAACUACUAUUGAACUGACUACUGAAGAACCAGUUAAUCCUACCUGCGCACCAGGUUCUUUUGCACAAUAUGAUGAAGAAGGAAAUAUGAUUAUGGGAGAUGGUGACAAGCCAGACUGCUACACAGAAGAUAGCUACUCUGGCCAAGACCUAAUUGUUACAACUGAAGCUGCAGAAAAGGUGUCAUUCUUUGACCUUGAUCAAGAUUAUGAGUUUAUUGAAACUACACGUCGUCCAAUACAGACAACAACACGGCCUCCAAUUAUUAUAAAGGAACCAGAAAUGAGGUCAUUUGAUGACAAUUUGGUAUCUGAAUAUGAUGCAACAGGCAAGAAACGAUUUACUGCUCCAUACGUAUCAUAUAUAAGUAAGGACCCAAAUACUCCAUGCUCCCUUACUGAUGCUCUGGAACACUUCGAAGUGGAGAACCUGGCCGAUCUGUUACCUAAAGAAAUGAAAGAGGGACUUCUACCACCUCAAAACAUAUCUUACAAUAUCACUGUUGUGGCAGUUGAAGGUUGCCACUCCUUUGUCAUUUUAGACUGGGCCAAACCGAAAAAGGGUGAUUUAAUCACAGGAUACUUGGUUUAUAGCGCAUCUUAUGAUGAUUAUUUGAAGAAUAAGUGGUCUACAGGCACUGCAGGAAGCACCAAUUUCCCCAUUGAAAACUUAAAACCAAAUACAAGAUAUUACUUCCAAAUCCAAGCAAAGAAUCCAUAUGGCUUGGGACCCAUGAGCCCCUCUGUGUCAUUUGUUACAGAAUCAGACAAUCCAUUACUGAUUGUAAGGCCACCAGGAGGCGAACCUAUUUGGAUCCCUUUUGCAUUCAAACAUGAUUCAAGUUAUUCUGGUUGUCAUGGAAAACAUUAUGUUAAACGAACGUGGUACAGAAAAUUUGUAGGAGUUGUCCUUUGCAAUUCUUUACGGUAUAAAAUUUACCUGAGUGAAAGUCUAAGAGACACAUUUCACAGUAUAGGUGAUAGUUGGGGAAGAGGAGAAGAUCAUUGUCAGUUUGUGGACUCUUACAUGGAAGGAAGAACAGACCCAUCUUCUGAAUUCCAGGUGUUGCCUAAAAUUAAAGGUUAUUAUCGCCAUUACACCCAAGAGCCUGUGAUGUUUGGACAAAUAGGCUAUGGAACGCCGAAUAAUUAUGUUGGUUGGUAUGAAUGUGGAGUCCCCAUUCCUGGAAAAUGGUAAUGCUUUGGCAAUAAUAUUCCAAAAUUUAGCAGACUAUUUCCUACUAAAUUUCUUGCCAUUUGAUGGACUUGUAUGUAAAAGGAUCGGUGGCACAGCGUUGGAAUUCAAUUCAUUAUAGGACAAAAAGCACAAUACAUCUACAAUCUUCAAGAAAAAACAAGAACACUGUGUGAAACUAAAUGUGGUGCUACUUCUAAAUGGUCUUAGAAGCAAAAUUAGACUCUGCUAUAAUGAUCCAUUGUUUCCCACAUGGGUCAUCUUCAGCGAACCCCUGAAAACAACCACCUAAUAACUUCCAGAAUGACCUAAGCUUGCUGUGCGUGCUUACUUGUCAGACCUCCACUGUUGUUCUGAAGAAAAAAUGGCCUCCAUCAAUAACCACUGGCAGAACACUGUGCACUUCAAAGACAAACAUCAUGCAAUCACGCUUAUGUUACUAGUUAUCAUGUAAUAUAUGACAGCUUGCUUUUAAGCAAACACUUGUUGGAGCUUAUCCCUGAUGUCUACGCACUUGUGGACAUUUCUACUUUCUUUCUACUAGUUUAUUUGGGUACUGUGCAUAAUAUACUUCUAUGAUGAAUAUCACAGUACCCGCAACUGACUAAUGCUUGACAAAGAUUAAUGUAGCAUUUCCCAAUGUCUUCUGUCCAUUGUCCAUCAGCAUUAACUGUGAAUUCUGAUUUGCAUUCUGUUUACUGGGUACCAUUGUUUUGGGCUUGUUAGAUAACCUUCACAAAGACAUAUUAAAGGGGUUUUCAGCUUUUUUUCUAUUGAUGAUGUUGAUGAUAUAUAGCAUGGAUGGCCAACCUGCGGCUCUCCAGCUGUUGUAAAACUACAAUUCCCACCAUGCCCUG